UAUGUUAUAUUAAUAUUAAAUAUUUGAUUCUAAAAUAAUAUAAUAAAAUUAUAAAAAAUAUAAAAAUAAGAUAAUUCUUAUAUAUAUUUUGUUGCUAUCUGAAAAUAAUAUUUUUAUUAUAAAAGUUAAAAAGAUACAAAAAAUUAUAAUUAAAUAUUAUUCAAGAAAAAAAUAUUUAUAUAAAUAUAUUUUCUAAACUAUUUCUAAGAAUUCAUAGAUGUGGAUCUCAGACCUAUGAAUGGGGAUAUUCUCGAAACUCACAAAGAAAAAAGGAAGUGAGUUAGACAAAAAGAGAAGUAUGUAGAAAAGGAAUAAAUAAAUUAAUCAAAUUCCGGUUGAGUGUUUUAAGAAAUUUAACACGGGAUGUUUAGAACACGGGAUUAUGCUUAUGAGAGAGUGGCUCGGGAGUGGGCUAGGAGAUGGGUCUAAUGGGCUGCGAAUUGUUGAAUUUUUUUUUUAAUUGCAAGCCCACUUCGUAAUGGCAUAUUGGUUGGUCAUGAAUAUUUGUGCACAUGUGGAUAUGUUUAGGAAGCAAUGAUUUAGCUCCUUUUAUAUAGUAGGAUUAUUAACACUGAUAUUAUAAAAAAAAAAUUAAUCAUCUAAAAUGAAACCAAAGUCCAUACGAAUUACUGUCUUUGAAAAAUAGGAAAAAUAUAUCAUUUUAUAAAUUCAACCAAGAGAUCAAGGUAAAGUAAAAAAAAAGUUACUGAUUCCAUAAAAGAGGUCGAAAAAUUUAUUAGAUGCUUUCAUUACUUUUUGCUCAUCCCUAAUCGGCGACGAUGAUGAACUUGGGAUGAUGUGUGAAUUAAGUAAAUUAUCUCAUUGAUAUUCAAAAAAAAUUUUGGUUGGUGCUCCUUUAUAAAGCUUUUGUGAUUAUUAUGUUAUGGAAAGUGGACCUGUUAUUAAAGGAACACACACACAUAUAUGAUAUACCCAAGCUGUCCAGGAAAAAAAUUGACAAAUAAAAAUAAGAAACUAACGAAAAGAAGGGGUCAAGAACGAAUCUAGGGACCUAGCUAACAAUAUGUGGUUUACUUUGUAGACUUUUUACUUGUUGUUCAAAAAAAAAAAGACUUUUUACUUGUUUUCUCAAAGUGAACUAAACUGAUGCUCGAAACAAAGUGUUCAAUAUGUUUUACAAGAAUUUAUGGCCAAAUGUGACUGUUUACAUGACUUUUCUUUGCAUUUGUAUAUGUCCCUUCACAAAAAAAAUACAAAAGGUUAAAAUAUAGAUUUCAUUCUACGAAUUUGAAAUCAACUUGUCAUGAUUAGAAUAUAAAAUUUCAAUCCUUCAUAAUUAUCAUCCAUUAAAUGAAAGAGAACUAAAAAGUUGUGUACUUUCAAAAUAGAAGCAGGAGCUACAUAUCAGAGAUUCUUCCAACAUUUACCAAGUACCUAACCGGUUUACCUACAACCUUUUUUUUUUUUUUUUUGAACAACUCCGGUUUACCUACAACCUUAACAUUAAACUUUAUCCACUAGAUUUAUGGUCCUAAAUUCGUAAUCAUGAGAUGGACACAACAAGUCCAGUUUAUUCUCAGGUUGUGAGUCCAUGGGUUAGAGCUAUAGGACAAAAUACAAAUCACUAUCAUUAACCAACAAACACAUUUAUCUUACUCUAAUCAAUUUUUUUGCCGAUAUCACUAUUAUCUUACUCUAAUCAAACCAGACUAUAUAUCCUUGUUCGUCAGGAAAGCCACAAAGUUUGAAUCAUCUUCCAUCAUUAAACCAAGCAAUGAAACUACAUACGCACUAUCAUUUUUCUUGUUAAGACUCCACAAGUCCGAUUAGUUAAUAAUAAUGUAUGUAAAGUUGUAAACUAGAAGAAUAUAAUUUAAAACUGGGAGGAAAAAGAUUAUAAAAACUCGUAUGACUAGUCGUAUGACUAGCCUUCUUAAUUUUAGACACCUGAUACCACAACUUGGAUGCUCAUUAUGUUAUAGUCAUACCAGUGUACCAAGGUUGUCCUGCUCUGUUUGCUUAGCUUGACUUUUUUUUUGCUUAGCUAGUUAGAUUUGCUAAAGGUAACUUCCUACACAAGAAAAGCUUAGUCUCCAGCAGAUUAAGCCUGAAUGAUUUCACUUUUGCUAACUUUCUGAAGGCAACUUUGCUAACUUCGAAACACAGUAACCAAAAUCUGCCACAUUGUCAGAAUAUCUUCAGACACACUCAUACAUAUACAUAGGAAGCUCAGACUUAAUCAGACCCGUUCCAAUAACAACUAUCGUAACAUUUGUCUAGAGAUAACAAAAAAAAGAUGACAUGUUCCACACUCUCUUUAGCUGUUGACUAAUCAAUGGUUGGCUUGUUACGUGGCAGAUUCACGAGCGUCCAUAAGAAUCACGAUCCGUGUAAAACGUAACGUGCAAGUCACUCCAAGACUUGGUCUCAUUGGCAUAUCACUUUUCUUUCCAUCUGACCUCAAAAAAACUCUGAUCAACGUUUGCAAAGGUUUUUUUUGAGAAACAUCACAUCCCAUCGGUUUAAGGAUCGGAACCGUUUUAGUUAUCGUCCUUUAUUGUCGGAAUGUUCGUUUUUAACGUUGGAGUAAUAUUUCCCUUUAUUUGAAGAGAUUACGUUUAGAUUUAUAGGUUUACCCGAGAUCUUGACUGUAAGGUACGGUAUCUUCUAUUUUGUUUGUAAAGAAGUUACACUUUAGCUACACCAGAGAAGAAGCAAUGAUCUCCGGCGACACAUUAUCAGCUAAGAACCACAAAGCUUUACUACCAGAAGAAGACCCACCAAGCCAAUCGAUAGCACCUCAAGACAACAACAACGGAGCUUCUUCCACUAUCUCCAUCUCAAGCUGCUUCAUCUUCACAUCUCUCCUUAUCAUCACCUGCGUCACUCUCUCUGCCGUUUUCGCCUUCGUAUUCUUCUCUUCCCACACACUCAAGAAACUCGACAAGCCCGUGGUUCUAUUGAUAUCCUCAGACGGGUUUCGUUUCGGGUACCAACUCAAGACCGAGCUACCGAACAUACACCGGUUAAUCACCAACGGAACAGAAGCAGAAACCGGUUUAAUCCCGGUUUUUCCAACACUAACUUUCCCUAACCAUUACUCUAUCGUCACAGGACUGUACCCUGCGUACCACGGCAUCAUCAACAACAAGUUUACGGACCCUGAAACAGGGAAUGUUUUCACAAUGGCUAGCCACGAGCCAGAGUGGUGGUUAGGCGAGCCGUUGUGGGAGACAGUAGUGAACCAAGGGCUCAAGGCAGCUUCUUACUUCUGGCCUGGCUCUGAGGUACACAAAGGCUCUUGGGAUUGCCCUAAAGGUUUCUGUCAAAACUACAAUGAGUCUGUUCCUUUUGAUGAUAGGGUUGAUACCAUCUUGAGCUACUUCGAUUUGCCUAGUACCGAAAUCCCUAGCUUCAUGACGCUUUAUUUCGAAGAUCCGGACCAUCAGGGUCACCAGGUUGGCCCUGAUGAUCCUCGGAUCACUGAAGCUAUAGUCAACAUUGACCGUUUGAUCGGUAGAUUAAUCAAUGGGUUAGAGAGAAGAGGGAUCUUUGAGGAUGUGACUAUGAUCAUGGUUGGUGAUCAUGGCAUGGUUGGAACAUGUGACAAGAAACUCAUCUUUCUUGAUGAUCUAUCUCCAUGGAUCAAGAUCCCAAGCAGCUGGGUGCAUGACUACACUCCCUUGCUAGCUAUUAAACCACCUUUGGGACACAAUGCAGCUGACAUAGUGGGUAAGAUCAAAGAAGGUUUGAACUCAGGUGAAGUAGAGAACGGUAAGUACUUGAAGGUUUAUCUCAAAGAGGACUUACCUAGCAGGCUGCAUUACACGGAGAGUGAGAGGGUCCCACCUAUCAUAGGACUAGUUGAUGAGGGCUUCAAGGUUGAGCAGAAGAGGAGUGAAGCUUAUAAAGAGUGUGGUGGAGCUCAUGGGUAUGACAAUGCUUUCUUCUCGAUGAGGACUAUAUUCAUUGGGCAUGGUCCUAUGUUUGCUAAAGGAAGGAAAGUGCCUUCUUUUGAGAAUGUUGAGAUAUAUAAUGUCAUUAGUACGAUUCUAGGGCUUAAGGCUGCACCUAACAAUGGGUCUCAUGAGUUUCCUUCAAGCGUUCUCUUGCCACGCACGUAAGUAGACUUAGUGUGAGUUCAUUCUUUUUGUCUAUAAGAGGCAGCCUGGAACCUACAACUGCGUUUUAAGCCGCAGCUGAAACGUUUAUGCGCUUUGAUAUAUUAGACGUUUUAUGCA